UUACGAACAAGCAAAAGUAAAACAAAAUUACAUUUAUAUUAUUUUUUGUUGUGAUUGUUAAUAUUAAUUAAAAUGAACAACGCCCUCCAGCCAGUUAUAGAUUUGUAUCCUAAAUACUGCAUAGAAAGACAAAAAUGCCCUAGCUAUGUUGAAAUGUAUACAAAGAAUUGUAGUGAUGUUAUUAUGGUGUAUUUAAAGGCUAAACAAAAUUUUCUGCCUGCGGACACUACUGGAAAAGCAAGUCAAAAUCCAAAAGAAGAAUUAGAUUUAACUGGGUCACCCCUUAAACUGGACUCGAGUCUGCACACAAUUUUGGAUGAUACACUCAUAUCAGAAGAAGCUCAAUUGUGGAACAAGGAUGAAAGCAGCCAUGUACCUAUCGGAAUUGAUAAGGCUAGGGAAAUAGCAAACCUUUACAAUAUGAGCAUAUCGAAGCUGAAAUCCGAAGACAGCAUACCCAUGUGGUUAGUAUGCAACCCCGAGUCUGAGGGUAAACCGUUACUAUUAACUAUACAAUCAAAUGAAGAUCAGUUUUCUAGAGGAAUUGUGACUUAUGACGGAGCUAUGUGCUUGGAAGAAGUAGAUGUUGAAAAUAUCAUGGAGAGAUUUGCUAAGGAAGAAGGUCUGAAUAAAGAUUUGGUUGACAUAUCGGUGGACUGCAAGUAUGUGCUCUCAGGCAUCUCAUACAGCUCCCGCAAUACUGAUGAGUUACUGAAUGCUCCCCAUGGAGGAGUCACGGAGUUGCACUGUGAAUGGACGGGAAAUACACUUAUAACACCCUUCAUAAGCUGCAAAGUGAACUUUGAGCAGGAAGUGAUAGUAGGACAUUUGGCGAGCCCCUGCAAUGCCAUCUGGAAAUCUGUGUACGCCCUGCACAAUAUCAAUCAAAUUUUAGUGGACAUGACAGCUGCUGGCAGCUCUUCUGUCAACUUGGAGACUGCUCAAAUCAGAUUAUCCAACCCAAGCCUAAAAUACCCGAACAACUCCAAGCGCCUCAACCAGCUCCUAAACGAGACAGAAGCCUAUGCAUACACCGCGCAGUACCCUGAAGGUGGCUGCGUUUGUGUCACCGAGAACACCACUACGCUCAAGCAGUGCCUGUCUGUUAUGAAUGCGCAGGGCUCCAGCAACGACUUUACAUACAAACUGUGGGACAUAUUGAGAGAUUGUGAAACAGCAGAAGAAGUGGUGACGUUGCUGUUACAGGCCCUCAAAUUUAUAUCCAGUGGAAAGAUAAGACCAUUCAUUGAUGCAAACAACAAGACUUACCUAUCCAAGUUGGUACUAAAGUUAUCCCGCGGUCACUCCCAAGCGUCGAAAGUCCUAAAGAACUUACGGGCCAGCCCGCCACAGGCUCUAUCGCUGGUCGCGCAAGUUGGAACUGAGAAAACCAUGUGGGAAUACACGAGGGUCAUGAGUCUUCUAGAACAUUCCUUCUUCAUUGCUGGCAUCUGGACGAGCGAUAACAGAACUCACGAAUCAAUAGAGCAAAUAAACCAAACCAUCCAAGACAUGACAAUGUGCGGUGAAUUCUCCCUGAACCCAUUCGAGACCCUAUCAUCUGGAGACCACUCCAUCCGACUUGACUCACAGUCGUUCUAUGAGGACGACCCUCACGAGCUCACUGUGGACGACUUCGCUUCGCUCAAGAAACAUGGCCUUGUUACUGAGAAGAAAGACGUUAACGAGGUGCCUUUAAUAUCAGACGAAAUCGAUAUCAGCCCUUGGAAGAACCUGCUGAUGAAAUUUGCUCAAGUCCAUGUGUGCUUGGAACAUUUGUACCGAGCGGAAGUUUGUCUGCGAGCUGAUUUCACAAACCUAAAACCAAUUGCCGCCCGCCUCUUAGAGCACUACGUCUCAGAACGAUCUCCUGUCAAGAACGUCGGGCAGCUGAUCAGCGACCCAGUACAAAGGACAUCCAUGCCAAUCACCAACAACGUGGUUCAGGACCAUCUCAAGAAAUCUGCAUUCUGGUACCGCAUGGUGUUGCAGAGGAAACAGAAAGCAGCCGAUAUGGGAGUGAAAAGAGAGUCUAAAAGAGUGUAUGUCUUCACUCAGCUCCCAGUGUUUCCUCCUUCUGUAUGGCAGAAUUUAGAACCACCAGCAGAUGAAGUAGGCGAAGUCACUAACAUCGGGGUGGAGGAACUAAAGUACCACAUCACGAAAUACACGUACAUUUGCAACAAAGUCAAAAAUAAACUGCCUUUCUAAAUUAUAUAUACCUGAAGAUUUCAUAUUUUUUUCAACGUUAAUCAUGUGCCUUAAAUACCGUAAUAAUGUAUCUUUAAGAACAACUUAGUAAAUAAAGGAAUUUUACAC